AUGGAUGUCUAUCAGAUACCGGACCUGGUCAGGUGUAGGUUCCUGGCAACUACCUUGAGGGAUAGUGCACAACAGUGGUUCCAGAAGUUGGGUGAAGGAGUGAUCACCAACCGGGCCGAUAUGCAAGGUUUGUUCUUGAUGCAAUUUCAGGCAGCGACUAAGUAUGCACCGACGGUGACCGCUCUUGCAAAUAUAAGGCAAAAAGAAAACGAGAGCUUAUCAGCUUAUUUCAAGAGAUUCAAUCAGGAAGCGAUCAGUGUCACAGGCGCCACGGAUGAUAUAUUGAAAAGUUUCCUGAUAGCCGGCUUACAGAUAGGAAGAGACUUUUAG